GCGGGCCUCUGGGCCAGGCGUUGCGGCCUGAGGGCGGGGCUCGCCGGCCGGCGGUGCGGAGGGCCGCGGCGCGCGGUAGCUCGGCUGGCUGCCUGGCCCAGGCUCAGCCUCCGGAAGCCCCCGCCCCAGUCUGCCGUUGGGUUUGUCCUCUUAGCAGUCGUCGGCCCGGACGGGGAGCGGGAGUCCCGCAGACCGGCCCCGGGCCGCGGACUCGGGCGUCCCUGCCUCGUGCGACCCGGCUGGGUGGCAGGUAACCAGGUGCGGGCCGGGGCCCGGCCGGGCUCGUGAGCAGGGUCUCUGGAAGGAUGAGUUCGUUGGUUAAUACAGACAGAGGCCACCAUGGAGCAGUGUGCAUGUGUGGAGCGGGAGCUGGACAAGGUCCUGCAGAAGUUCCUGACCUAUGGACAGCACUGUGAACAGAGCCUGGAGGAGCUGCUGCACCACGUGGGCCAGCUGCGGGCCGAGCUGUCCAGUGCAGCCCUUCAAGGCACACCCCUCUCAGCCACCCUCUCCCUGGUGAUGUCCCAGUGCUGCCGGAAGAUCAAAGACACUGUACAGAAACUGGCCUCCGACCACAAGGACAUUCAUAGCAGUGUAUCCCGAGUGGGCAAAGCCAUCGACAGGAACUUUGACUCUGAGAUCUGUGGUGUCGUCUCUGACGCGGUGUGGGACUCGCGGGAGCAGCAGCAGCAGAUCCUGCAGAUGGCCAUCGUGGAGCACCUGUACCAGCAGGGCAUGCUCAGUGUUGCCGAGGAGCUGUGCCAGGAAUCAACACUGAAUGUGGACUUGGAUUUCAAGCAGCCUUUCCUGGAGCUGAAUCGAAUCCUGGAAGCUCUGCAUGAACAAGACCUGGGGCCUGCGUUGGAAUGGGCCGUCUCCCACAGGCAGCGCCUGCUGGAGCUCAACAGCUCCCUGGAGUUCAAGCUGCACCGACUGCACUUCAUCCGCCUCCUGGCAGGCGGCCCCGAGAAGCAGCUGGAGGCCCUCAGCUACGCCCGGCACUUCCAGCCUUUUGCUCGGCUGCACCAGAGGGAGAUCCAGGUGAUGAUGGGCAGUCUCGUGUACCUGCGGCUGGGCUUGGAGAAGUCGCCCUACUGCCACCUCCUGGACAACAGCCACUGGGCCGAGAUCUGUGAGACCUUUACCCGGGACGCGUGCUCCCUGCUGGGGCUUUCUGUGGAGUCCCCACUCAGCGUCAGUUUUGCCUCUGGCUGUGUGGCACUGCCAGUGCUGAUGAACAUCAAGGCUGUGAUUGAGCAGAGACAGUGCACCGGGGUCUGGAGUCACAAGGAUGAGUUGCCGAUCGAGAUUGAAUUGGGCAUGAAGUGCUGGUACCACUCGGUAUUUGCCUGCCCCAUCCUCCGCCAGCAGACUUCGGAUUCCAACCCGCCCAUCAAGCUCAUCUGUGGCCACGUCAUCUCCCGAGAUGCCCUCAACAAGCUCAUUAAUGGAGGAAAGCUGAAGUGUCCCUACUGUCCCAUGGAGCAAAACCCAGCAGACGGGAAACGCAUCAUAUUCUGACUCCUGCCUGGAAGAACUUUGCUGGAAGCAGCUUUUCACCCGGGAGCCUUGGGCUCUGGGUUGGGCGAGCUGGCUUUCAGUGGGCUGUGGUUCACGUCACCUGGUUGAGGAGCACUAGCAGGGUAGCUGAAGGAGGAACCCACCCACAUGGAGCAAGGAAAGCAAGAUGCUGGGCUCUACUCCUGCUGUUCGGAUGCCUUUGACUUAGCAGCUGCUGACAGAGAAGCAAAGGACGGGGCGCUGCUGCAGACAUCUUUCCACCCCUGCCCUCAGCCGUGACAAGCCAAGCCUGUGCCACUCCAGCUCCUCAGCCUAGGGGUGUCCAGCUGUGGCCAACUUCCUGCUGUCCAGCCUCAACUGUAUGUAUCCAUUUCCCACUGUACAUACUCAAGUUAGAACUUAAUGUAAUUGUUUUAUAACUUUGACCAAAUAUACUCACAGCCCUCCUUCCUUC